AUGCGGGGCAAUCGCCUGGCGCGGUCUGGGGACCCGAUGAAGACCCGCUCCCAGCGUCGAAAGGAGCGUCGCGAGCGGAUUAGUAGGACGAACCGCGCUCAGCGCGAGAAGCGGCGCAUCGGGCGCUUCGUCGCGCGGAAGUGCAUGCGGGAGGAGGACCAGCACAUGACGGCCAUUAUGGAGUCGUACGCCAAACGUCGCAAGGCGGAGCGGGAUGCUGAGCGGGCAGCGCAGCAAGAACAGGAGGGGGCGGAGGCGGCGGGAAAAGAAGGGGCAGUGCCUCCUUCCGGACAGAAGGCGGGGCAGCUCGCACGAGUGGCGGCGAAGCAGCCGUCACAUCGUCCUCCGCUGCGAGGCGCGCCACCGCGCGACAGGAAGCUGCUGCGGCGCGGGCAACCGAAGGUGACGACACGCUCGCUGUACUAA